GAUCAAGUUAGAAAACAUAAACAUAAAUUAAAUCAAACCAAAAAGAUAAGCAAAAGAUCAAGAGUUGAAUAUAUUGAAUUAGAUCAAAAUAAUUUGGAUGAAGAUCAAGAAGAGGGUGAAAAAGAAUCUGAAGAUAAUAACGAAUAUAUUAAUAAUGAUGA